GAAGUUUGUAGAAAGUUUUCGAAAAUAAAUUAUUUUAUGAUUUUGUUACAAUUUACCUGAGUUAUGGAUAAUCAAAGCAAUUCAGAGGACACAGAAACUCAAGAAACCGAAUACUUCAUAAAUGCUAUUGGAAAACGAAUAUUUUUUAACUCCUGGAAGCCUGAGAAGGAGCCAAGGGCACUGGUACAAAUUGUUCAUGGAGCGGCUGAGCACUGUCUUCAGUAUAAUGACCUUGCCAACUUAUUGGUAGCUAAAGACAUCCUAGUUUUUGGACAUGAUCAUGUUGGACAUGGCCAAAGUGAUGGGGACAGAGUACAUGUUGAUACAUUCCACACAUAUAUUGAUGAUGUCAUCAAACUUGCCUCAGAUCUGAAAAUGAAAUACCCAAACAUUCCUUUAAUCCUCAUAGGACAUUCCAUGGGAGGUCUCGUUGGAACAAUGACGAUACUAGAGAGGCCUGACCUAUACCAGGGAACAGUUCUCAUUGCAGCUGCAUUACAAUCAAACCCAGAAACAGCCACACCUAUGAGGAUUUGGGCAGCCAAAAUUCUUGCUUACUUCUUCCCUCAGAUGGGUAUAGCUACAAUAGAUCCUAACUGUAUUAGCAGAGAUCCAGAUGUUGUAAAGAAAUACACAGAAGACCCCUUGAAUUAUCAUGGACCCUUAAAAGCAAGAUGGGCUGUUGGAAUGAUAAAAGCAAUCGCGGAUGUUGAACAGAAAAUGGCUGAUAUAGAAAUGCCUCUACUGAUUCUCCAUGGAACCGAAGACAAACUGUGUAAUAUAUCUGGGUCUAAAAGACUCCAUGAAGUCGCUAAAAGUACAGACAAAACACUUAAGAUUUAUGAAGGUUUCUACCACCAGAUUCACAAAGAGGUUGGUGAAGGAGGUCCCAUGGUACGACAGGAAAUCGUAGAUUGGGUCUUAGCUCACAUCUGAUUGGGCAAUAUUUGUAUCCUUUUCAAAAGUGGUACUGCAUUUGUAGAAACUAAGAACAACAACGAAAAGUUUCGACCUGGACAAAGUACUUGCAUAAAUCAAAAUGAGUGGCCUGAAAUAUAGGCGAAAAUAAAUGGACAAAACAAAAUGAGAACUGCAUGACAAGUUAAAAUAAACUAUUUAAGUAGAUACACUGAAAAGAAUUGAUUGACUGAACACCAGUUAAACACCUACCUCAAACAUUGAACCUUUUGGAUUAUUUCGUAUUUAUUUAAGUGGACCAAAAAUAUUAAACAACUUUGAUAUUAUGUAUACUGUGUCUAUACAGCAGCAGCAAGAAGCAGCAGUACUUAUACUGCGGUAUAAGUACUGCUGCUUCUAGUCUCAAAUUAGAGACAGAAACCUGGGUGUCAAUUUAAUCAUUAUCAUUAUUUAAUCAUUAUAUACUAUAAUAUGGAUUAUAAGGAUAGGGAAAUGCAUGCAGUAGGAUUGGAUCCCAAUAUUUUCCAAUGAUGAAUCCGAUCUUGAAGGAUGUCAUGAUUUUCACUUCAAAUUUUAAACUGGAGUUGUGGUUUAUUACGUAACAAAGAAAUUCAAAACAGACACGAAGUGAUCAAAAUAUUAGCUUUUGGAUUGCUGAUUAUGAUUUUAUAACCAGUUUAAUGUCAGAAAAUAACAUUCUAGCAUUUUCAUUGUUUGAAAAUAUC